GGGUAACGCCACCGCUGAUUGGCUGACAGCCUCAGACCGUCUUCAGUCAGCUGGAGCUGCAGGAAAACAACGUUUUUACGUGUUUUUAUUUCUCCACGCUCGGUGUAACUCGUAGCCAUGUUUCUGUGAGCACCGGUGGGGCUCCGGUACAUACGUUACUGCGUGGAAAGCGGGACUGUAACAUUGUUGAACAUAUCUUUUAACCAGUAGGUGACGGUGGCUGUCGCUUCUUCUCCCAUCAUCAGCCCGGCUCUCUCGGUCUCUGCUCCACUCUCUGGUUCCCUGUCUGGAGCACCGUGUCGCGGAUGAGCGAGCCUGCGGAGCCCGGUCGGUGCCUGUCGGUGGUGGUUGUCCGGGCCAAUGCCAGCGGGGAGCUCGACAUAAGCAGGCGGCUCGAUGAGAUGUCAGAGCGGGGAUGCCUCUUCCUGCUGGGGACGCUUCUUCUGUAGUCGACGGCCCAACAAGUGCUGACACGUAUAUGGAUGGUGGGGUGGCAGCAUGCCCACCGCUUCAACGACCACCGCUACUCCGCAGGCUGGAGGGAGCAGCGGCUCCGGAGCAGAGGAGGAGCCCCUCGUGUCUGACUCCGCCGGCGGCUCCUCGGCCCGCUUCGUCCCGGCGUUCUGCCUGGGUGUGGUGGCGGCGGUGGUGUUCCAGCUGGCCUGGGGAGGCCUGACUCUGACCUCCUUUUUCCUCAAGCUCUUCAUCUAUGUCUCCUUCGCCCUGCUGUGUUUCCUGGCCGGGAGCUUCGUCCUGCUGGUGAGGAAGAGCCCGCUGAAGGUCAGCUGCUUCAGCAGGAGGCAGCCGGCCGCACGGCUGGACUUCUUCAACAAGCUCAUGGGGGGUUUCUUGGUGCCAGCUCAGGAGUCGAGCCAAAGCAGACGAGUGGUGGUGUCACACAAUGUCGACAAAACUCUGAAAGAAGUGUUUGACUUUGCCUACAGAGACUACAUCCUGUCCUGGUACAUGUCUCUGAGUCGUGAUGAAGGCCAGCUGUACUCCAUGCUGCUGGAAGACUGGUGGCAGAUGAUCGGGCAGCUCAGGUCCAGACUGGCUGACAUCAACCUCGUCAAUGUGGUGUGUUACGACAGCAUCCGAAUCCUUCACUCCCACUUCACAGAUCUGAAGGCUGCGUCUGCCAGACCAGAGGAGGUGGCCCGCCCGUUUCCUCUCCAUCCCUGUUUGGUCAGUCCAGACUCAGAAAUGGCUUUCCUCCGCUGUGUAGCAAGAAUCCUGCUGCUGUGUCUCCUGCCACAAAAGGAUGCCAAGUCUCACACUCUACGCUGCUGCCUCACAGAAGUUAUCACCACCAAAGUGCUGAAGCCUCUGGUGGAGGUGCUCAGCGACCCCGACUCCAUCAACAGGAUGCUGCUGUCUCAGCUGGAGCAGAGGGAGCAGCAGGCUGAGCAGCAGAAGAAAGCCUACACCUACGCUGCCUCUUAUGAAGACUUCAUCAAACUGAUAUCAACUUCUACUGAUGUCAAUUUCCUCACACAACUCAGGUAUCAGAUAGUGGUAGAAAUAAUUCAUGCCACCACCAUCAGCAGCCUGCCUCAGCUCAAGAAGCAGAAAGAGAGAAAAGGUAAAGAGUCUGCAGCCAUGAAGGCAGACCUGCUGAGGGCCAGAGAUAUGAAACGAUACAUCAAUCAGCUGACUGUGGCUAAGAAACAAUGUGAGAAACGGAUCCGCCUGCUCGGAGGACCAAACUACGAAAACAAUGAAGAAGGAGGAGCAGAGGAUGGUGAAGACCCUCAGAGCCAGAAGAUCCUGCAGUUUGACGACAUCCUUUGUAAUCCAGGUUACAGGGAACUUUUCAGGCUUUACAUGGAGAGAGUCGAUAAGAGAGCUCUGAUAAGCUUCUGGGAACUGGUGGAAACGCUGAAAACUGCCAAUAAGAAUGAGGUGCCCCAGAUUGUUGGGGAAAUCUAUCAGAAGUUCUUUGUGGAGAGCAAAGAAAUUCCAGUGGAGAAGGUUCUCCUGAAGGAGAUCCAGCAGAGCCUGGUGGGAAACAGAGGAACUCAGGUGUUUGUCCGGCUGCAGGAGCAGGUGACGGAGACGAUGAGGGAGCGUUACUACCCCUCCUUCCUGGUUUCUGACCUCUACCACAGGCUGAGACGAGACGAGGCUCACAGCCAGUCCCAGGGUAGCCCAGAGGAGAAAGGAGAUGUGGGCCAGGGUCUGGAUGCUGGUGAAGAUGUGUGUGAUGAAGGAACUAAAGGAAUCAAUGAGCAGGCCAGCUAUGCUGCUACAAAGCUCUGCCAACUUUACGACAAACUGGAGUACAAGCGCCAGGCGUUGGGCUCCAUCCAGAACGCUCCUAAACCAGACAAGAAGAUUGUCAGCAAACUGAAAGAAGAAAUCGGAGCCAUGGAGAAGGAGCACAGUGAGCUUCAGCAGCAUAUAACACGGACCGACUGGUGGUGUGAGAACCUGGGCCACUGGAGGGCAAACAUUACCACUGCUGAGUGUUUUCCAUCACUGAAGAAGCUCCAGUUACCAUCUCUGAGUAAACUACCCUUCAAAUCCAUCGACCAGAAGUUCUUAGACAAAAGUAAAACUCAGCUGAACGCCUUCCUGCAGGUGAUGUCCAUUCAGAAGAAGUCUUCUUUCUCUCUGGCCUCCUUUCUGGAGAGGUUACCUGGAGACUUCUUCUCCCACACUGAGGAAGACGCUGACGAUGACAGCGACCUGUCAGAUUACGGAGAUGAACCGGACAGUCGUAGAAACGCUCUGGCCGAGCCCUGCUUCAUGCUGAUUGCAGAGAUCUUUGAGCUCAGAGGAAUGUUUAAGUGGGUGAGGAAGACACUAAUAGCUCUGGUCCAGGUCACAUUUGGUCGAACCAUCAACAAGCAGAUCCGGGACACUGUCAACUGGAUCUUCUGUGAGCAGAUGCUGGUGUGCUACAUCAGUGUGUUCAGGGACACCUUUUGGCCUAACGGGACCCUGGCUCCACACGGGAAGGUCCGAACUGAUCCUGAACGCAGUGAGACCAAGGAGCGGGCUCAGCAGAAACUACUGGACAAUAUUCCAGAUGCACUCGCAAAUCUAGUUGGCCAGCAGAAUGCCAGAUUUGGAAUCAUCAAGAUCUUCAACGCCCUGCAGGAGACCAGGGCCAACAAACAUCUUCUCUACGUGUUGAUGGAAAUGUUACUGAAGGAAGUGUGUCCUGAGCUCAGAGCAGCCGUGGACAACAUCUAAAGCACAAAGUGUCUUCACACAUCGAGGCUCUCUGGUCUUGGACUGAUCCGGACUGCUAGCUGACACUGAGACGUUAAAGGUCAAAGUUCUACAAACAGAGGCGGUGCUGAUCAGAGCUGGGACACGAUCAGCUGAAGUGUGGUGCAGAUUUCAGCCUGAAGCAGGAGAAAUCACUGAGGCACUCACACUACACUUACACAUCUGGAACAGAACUCUUUACUCUACUUUGGAGAUUGUGUCGUACACACAAUUAUUACUGUCCCCUCCUAGUGACACUGAAGGUUAAUGCUAGAGCAAAUUGAAGAUAUUUGUUUGUUCUUGUGUGAAACAUGGCAGUCUAGUCAAAGAGCCUACUGUUGGCAGAUAAAUUGUGUAGAGCAGAACUUGGAACAAACACAGGUUGUAUGGACGACAGAGUUCAGAUUGUGUUGUUGUACCACGGACCUCCGAACAUUCCUGCACACAAACUGAGCAACACUUGUGUUCUGUGAUUCUUGUUGAGGCUUAUAAUUGUGCAAUAUAAUUUCAUGUUAAAGUACUUGUGAUGAUUUUAUUUAAGAUUACUAUUGAUAGAUUUUAUUUUUACCAAAAAAUGUUUAGAAAGCAUUUAUAUGAGCAAUAAAUCACCGAUACAAACUGA